AUGGACGCCUUAUACUAUCCCCACUGCACUACUCCACCUUCAACCACAAAGGAAACACAACAAGAUCCUCGCCCUUCCCACAGCGUGUUGACACCCGUGGAUUAUAUAUAUAUUACUACCUCCCUCCAGACUCAGGAUGGAGAGCAAGACUCCGUGCAUGAAGUCGGCUCCUCAUCUCUGCAUUCCCUGCCGGCUUUGGACGUCCACGCACGGACAUUUGUGCCUGGUGCAAGUGAACACGGUCUCGAAGCCGUGCUGAAUGUUCAUGCUGUGGAGUUUGUCCCGGGCGCGCUAAACAACAGCAUGCCGUCGACUCCGGGGCUUCGGCAGCAAUCAGGGAAUCCCUACGUCUUCGAAGCCCAACAGGACUUCGACCCUGAAAGACUCUACCAGCAACGUAAACGGGCAGAGACUGCGGCCAACGGUCCAAUGCUUGUGCAGGGUUUCUAUUUCCCUACCUCUUCGAACCGGGAUGACUAUGUCCCUUCUGUCUUCACAGCCUUCCGCAACUACGAGAGGUUCCCCCUUGUCAAGGCUGAAUACAAAGAGCAGACUCCCGAGGAACGGGAGUCAGCGAGACGAUCCUUUGUCCAGUCCAUGCACGACGGAGACAAAGGCAUCGAGGGAAACGAAGAGGAGGGCGACCCUUGGAGGAUGAUCUCGACCCCCCAGUUCGACUACCAGUGGUUCGAACUGGCGGAACUGCAGAGCUUGAAGUGCAUCCAUCACUUCAACGUUUUCGGUCGACCCGUCCUCACAAAGUCGGGAACAGCUCCGGCGACGACGAUCGCCAUCCUGAAGUCAACCCCAAAGCACCUGAGUGUCACCACUCCGGACGGGCUCUGGAAGAGCACUGUCAUGGCCUGCGCCCAAAAGUUGCUAGAUCCUGUCCUCUAUCACGGCAGGAAGGAGGUUUUGCAUUCACUUCGUGGGUCUGCACUGGAGAAUGCUUGGAUUGGACGGUGCAAGAAGACCUACAGUGAACAUGGCUGGUGGGUCCAUGACAGUUAUGGUCCUCAAGAGCACCAUGUCAUGAACGAUCCUCUCAACCCAUGGUUGUAUCCAAACCGGGCGGAGAUCGUCAUGAUCAACGGCAUCUCCGAGAGCUUCGGACAUCGGGUCGACAUCAUCACGGCGGCAACACGGGAAAAAGAGAGAGAGGAUGCAGCCCGCAAGGCUGCGUUCAAUGCCAGGCUCAGACAGGGCCGCAACCCGUCAAGGCUUGGACUCUCUUGCUCCACGCAUGAAGAUGUCAAGGAAGUCCCGAGUUUCACUUCCGGCCCAAGGACUACCUCGUCCUCACUACGCCACCCAGCUUGCCGCUCGCUCAGACAACCUACCACAAUCGUUUUGCCAGUGCAUGAGCCCGCCGACUCGUCAAGCGAGGUUGUUGUCGGUGGUCGACAUACAACAGGAAGCUCGCUACCUCGUGACGAGUGGAAGCGGCUUCUUGCGGCUGCAGAAGAUAGACCUGUUGCGGCUUGUUGGGCGGACGACGAAGACGAGGACUGGGAAGAAUCGAAUGUUGUUCCCGCUCUUUCAUCAUUGGUGGCUGCUCCUGGAAACCCACAAACCAGCAACGACACGACAUCUGCAGAUCAAGAAGUUGAGGACACAGAGAACCUUCACGACGAGGAUGAUCACAGCGUGUCCUCGACGGCAUCUAGAACCGUCGAACACUCCCGUGCGCCUAGUGUUAGCCCUGGUGAGCCCCCAGACACAUCGCUCCCAGUGUCUGAUCAUGAAGAUGGAUUGUCAGAGGCCCUCACCAACGAGGAGGGUGACGAUGUCUGCUGUGGUGUCGACGGUGCUGCUGGAGAUCCACGUCCAGCGUUUACCGGGGCGCAUAGGACUGGAAACCUGGAGAUGGAAUUGGUUGAACCGGCCUCAAGCGUCCGCACGCAUGCCAGCAACAUCCAUGCCCGGCUUGAUGCCAUUGAAGAAGCGAUGCGGACAGCGGCUGCACCCUCCGCAUCGCUUGUGCCUGAGUCUUUGGCACCUCCCCAUUUCGACAGUUCCUACAUUCCUCCACCAAUUCCUCGCGAUCAUGGCGUCGAUACCAGAUCGAAGCUUCCCGUUGUUGUCCUCGCGUCAGCUGAACCUUUGCCAAGUGAACUUCGGCCAGUUGUUCAUCAAUUCCCGAACGGCGCCAUCACGAUGACUCCCUCGGGCCAGCAACUCGGUCUUGUACGAAGUCACGGCGUGCGCUUCGAUCAGCUGCCUGUAAAUUUCGGCAACGCACCUUUCCAACAUGCUUCAGUGCCUCCCACUAGAAUUUUGUCAGAAGAACACGGACUGGCAGUUGAAACCGAAAUCUUCUCUACAGAAGCCGAAACAGCCGCAGCAUAUGAGGUAGAGGAUUCCCCCAGUGUGGCCGCUGCCGCCCCUCAACCCCAGUCGACGGCCCUUGUGCUAUAUCCAGGGCCUGUGCCACUCGACAACUCCAUGGAUCGGUAUUUUGGAGGUUGGAAUCGCCUCCUCGCCAAUGCCGGAUCCUCCAGCGAGCACUUCUGGCAAUGUGGUAUUCGAAGGUUUGGCGUCGAAGCCUCCCUGGACGCCCUUGCAUUUGACGAGAACGAGUGUGAUCAGCCCAGUGCCACGUCGGCACGCGUUAUGGCAAAUUCAGCUGACCAUGGUGCUAGUGUUGUGGAGGCGAUCAUUGGCAACAUGGUACCACCCGACGUGGCGCCAACUCACAAUACCGAAUGCAACGCCGGUGUGGUAAGUGUCGUCUCGCCCCUGACCACGGCUCACGAGGAGAAUCAACUGAGCUCUGCACAAGAGGCCGCUCUGCGUCCAUUACCGGCGUCCAUUGGCCUCCGAUGGCACCGACAUGACGGCCGCCGUGUCCGCUUUGCUCUUCCCCCGCCUCCAGCAGCACCGAUGUCCAUGGCGAGCCGUAGCCAGUGGCCUGAUUUUAGUGGUGUGUACCGCAUCCCAUCUUCCCUGCCGACAGUGGUGUCCCCGUCAUCAACCACGUGGGCUCUCACGGACGAAGCCUCGCGCUUUUCAUGGACAUCGUCCGACGAUGCCUCAGAGGCAGAAGGCCGAGAGCAGGGAGAGGACGUUGUCGAGACACAGGCAGGAGAGGAACAAGGAGAGAUGGAGGAGGAGAAGGAGGAGGAGGAUGAAGAGGAAGUCCUUCACCCUAUGCCCCAUCUGCCAGAGUUCCAGCGCACACGCCAGGAUUGGCAGCACGCCAGCUGGAACUCGACACUGAGGAGGAGACUGACAAGGCGUCGACCACCGGCUCAGGAGGCACAGGUGCGGGCGCAGGCGCAGGCGACCUCCCCCCAAGCAACCAGCGCGAAGGCAAAGGGCCUGUUGAAGCAGAGCUGGCAGAAGAUAAAGGCGUUCAUCACGAGAAAGAAGUGA